AUGGAGGAUCACAGCGAGAGCAGCUCUCUGCUGGAGCCUGACACGGUGUCCAUGGUCCAGCCGCUGCAGAUCGGCUCGUUGGCCAAGAUGGCUGUUGGCUUACCAACUCUUCCAUGGUUCCGUGUAGAUGAGACGCUGCUGGAGGAGAAUCUAGAGGAAUCGGGAUGCGAUCCUGAGGGCACCUGGUUGCAGUCUUCCCUCCGCAGCAGCAUCCUGACAAUGGCGUUUGGGGAAGAUCUUCAGCCUCCUCAGAAGACGGAAAUUCUCCUUGUGGCCAUUGAAGCCUUGACAGCGGAUGACGUCCACGACAGGCAGAUGGGCAUCGGCAUCGUGGACAUAGCCAUGAAAUACCAUGUGUCCUGGCUGAGGGAUGUGCCAAAAGUCCUGAGAGGCAUCCACAAAAUUGUGGAACACAUCCAUGCGGAGCUGGCCCGGCACAGCCUGGACUUGCUGCUGCUACUGCUGCUCAGGUGGAGGCCCAGGGAGGUGGUCAGGACCCUGCUGGACAUCUCUCCAACAUGUGACAGCGCUGCCGUGGCCCUGUGGGAAGUGCUGAUCUCCGGGCGCUGGGCUUUGUGGAGAGUCUUGUCAGAGAUGCUGAGCGUGCUGCAGGACUGCCGGCUGCGCAGGGUCUUCAGCUGUGCCGCAGAGGACUCCUGCAUCUACCCCUUGGCUGUGAGUGACCACGCUCUGCCCCAGAGCUCUGCCUUUGUUCUCCUCCUCCUCCUCCCAGACGCCUGUGCCACAUGCUCAGGCCCACCCGAUGCUGGUUUGGCCCCACCAAGCCUGUCCCGGCACAGGCAGCACUCUGCCUUCCACCCUGCCUGCAUCCCCCUGCCUGGCUCUGGCCCUGGCACAGAGACGUGGGGACUCUGA